CGCUGCCCGCGUGUACAUGGCAGACGGCAUUGAAGCCGGCGGAAAUCGAAUAACCGAUAUGACAACGAUAACUUGCGAGACCAAUCGUAGCAAACUUUGUCACCCGUUGAAAUGGCGUUGAAAUGAACGAAAACAAUAGUGGUCAACGAAGUUGGUGUUGUUUGGUGUGACAACAUCCAAGUGCUUUGAAUGGUGGUGGGCGAAAACCAAACGCACAUACGCUCACCAUGGCAAAUGUAAAAGUGAACAUUGAGACAGAAUAACAACGAAAAACCAAAAACACAAAUAACAGACAUGGCAAACAUAUGAUUUACUUGAAGGAAUCUCGCUUGAUUUGACUUGGUGUUGUAUGCAUGUAUAUAGAAGCCGAGAAAAGGCUUUUGGUAAAUAACAAUAAUAACAAAAAAAUGCUCGCACAUUCACACAUAGCUACGAAAUUUAUGAAAUAUCACAACAAAAACAUUGCAAAGCGUAUGUUGUUGUGCUUACAUAUUGGAAUUACAUACAACGAUAUAUGGUUGAAACAAAAUUUGCAAGAAUACCCGUAGAAGGCCGCCCAGCCCACACCAUGUGUAACAUGUGAAGAUAAAAUUUGCUGAAUGAGAAAAGAGUGUUACCAAAAACAAAAACAACAACAACGUUUUUUAGUUUGCCCAAAAUUCCAAAAGAUGUAAAGUGUGAUAAUAAGAGGAAAGAAAUGACAGAAAAAAAGUUUGAAGUCUUUGGGCUUUUGCCAACAGUGUUAACAACAGACAACACAAUGUAAACAAAGAUGUGACUCUAAAAGAGCACAUAUAAGGAAGAGAGAGAGUGAGAGAGAGAGUGCUAUAUCUUGCUUAUAGCACUAUAGUUCUCAUUUUUAAACUGAAGCGAACUCCUUCCACAAAUAUAAGGCGACAUCUUUAAGGAGAGAAACUACUACGUGGUGAAAAGAAGAAAUUGAUUUUGUGGAUAUAGACAUUGGGUUUAUUAAUAAAAAAAAACACCUUCCUUGCUCUAUUGGAAAAUAAUCAUCCAGUUUGUGAGGGCCACAAAGAGCUGCAGCAAAGGGUGGCUGAAGGCAUUGACUGUCCAAAGUUGCAUUUGUGUUUGAACAUUUUUUUGCCACAUCUACUUAAAGUGUUUGCUUUUCACACAACUGAUGUCGCACAGCUUGAAAGUGUUGCCGAUGAUUAGAACCAUGCAAGUGGCACGCACACUUGCACUCCACAUUACCGAGACUAUAUUGAUGCUGCUCGUGAUUGCUAUCAAAGACAAUACAACAAAUGCCGAUAUUGUACCUUUCAAGGGCAACAAAGUAGAUGAUGAAACGAGUUCAAAAACCAGUCUACCAUUGUACACUCAUCCCCCUUGGGUAGAGCCCUACUUUGAUCCCACAAAAUCGAAUAAUGUCAGCGGCCUGUUGGGAAGAACUGCUUAUCUGCAGUGUCGAGUUUUUAAUUUGGGCAAUAAAACGGUGUCCUGGGUACGACAUCGAGACAUGCACAUCUUAACUGUGGGCACAUAUACCUACACAUCAGAUUUGCGAUUUCAGGUUAUUCAUCAAAGCGACCUUGGCGAUUGGAUAUUACAGAUAAAAUCAGCUCAGAAACGUGAUGCCGGAAUAUACGAAUGCCAAAUUUCUACACAGCCGGUGCUAAGUUAUUUUGUGAACCUCAAUGUUGUUGUGCCAACUGCCAGCAUCAUUGGAGCUCCUGACCUUCACGUCGACAAGGGGAGUACCAUAAAUCUUACGUGUACUGUGAAAUUCUGCCUGGAGCCACCUGCCUACGUUUUCUGGUAUCAUCAUGAGGAGCUCAUCAAUUACGAUUCAACAAGAGGUGGCGUAUCUGUCGUUACUGAAAAAGGUGAUGUUACCACGUCAUAUUUGCUAUUGCAAAGUGCAAAUUUGGUCGAUUCCGGAACAUACUACUGUGCACCCUCAAAUGCUGAGAUGGCCAGUGUGCGGGUUCACGUACUGAGUGGCGAGCAUCCGGAGGCAAUGCAGACAGAUUCUUCUCAAUGUAGCCCACCGACUUGGCUUCCUCUGUGGCUCUUGAUAGUUCACGUGUGGUUUUAUAAGCAACAGCCACUUGGACUAAACGCAACAAUUAAGGCGAGACCAACCACCAAAAUGUUUACCAAGAGCAAAAGACAACAACCUCCAAAGGCAAUGCCAUCCCAUCGCAUCAAUAGUGCAAACAGAUCGUUAGAUGAUGUCUCUGGUGUGAAAAUAAAAGCCACACUAUGCUAUACAACCUACGGACAACAAAUAGCCACUUAAUAGAUAAUUACUUACAAACUAAUUUUAGAUCUUAGGUGUUAUGUAUUUUUUUGUUCUCUUUUUCGUAAUUUAAGAAUAAUUCAAUAAUUCCAUUUAGAGGAGGAUAGAUAAACCAAAUUCCAUGACAAAUGAAACAUUUUGGAAUACAAAUUCUAAAAAAUAAAUUCGUUGCCUUCUAAUGAAACAUUACCAAUCUCCCUCAAAACCAUACAUUAAGUGCUUAAUAAUUUUGGCAUAGUUUUAUUGAGAAUUUGUAAAAUUUAAGUUUGCAUGACCCCAAUAACUUAGUUGCAUUUUUUUACCCAAUCCAUAUAAACUUAAUUAGAAAUUAUUUACUUUUAUUGAAUUGUAUAUAAAUGAUCUUUUGUUAUGUUAUUUAAGACAAGUUGGCAAGAUAUAGCCAUAAAGUUUAAGGUUGUAAAAACAAUUAUGUGUUAAACCACACUUAUACACAAUAAAAAGAGAGAACUAAUUUAAAUUUGAAA